CCGCUGCAGUUUGCAUUUCGCUCGCGCUCAGAGGAGGAACAGGAGAGAGGGAGAGGAUCUGCCCUUCUUCUUCUUCUUUCUCGUAUUCUUGUUCUUUAUUGCGGACACUUUCAUCUUUUUCUUUUUCUUCUUCUUCCAUAUCGGAUCAUUUGUUUCUUCUUCUUCUGUUUUUUUUCUCUCGUUACGGACUCACGCGCGUUAACAGGAGACACCGGAGAAAGAAACGGAGCGGAGCUAACACCAACAGAGAGAGAGAGAGAGAGAGAGAGAGAGGAGUGUUUCAGUGUGUGUGUAUAUGUGUAAGUGUGUGUAUAUGAGUGUGUAAGCGGAUCGGUGUGUAUCUGGAGUCUGCACCGGUGGGAUGUCGGUGGUGGUCUUUGCGCUCGUGACUCGUUAAUGGGACCGGAACUUGAACAUCAGUCUUCAUCAUCUUCAUCACCAACAUCAGCAUCAUCAUCACCGUCCACGCGCACAAGGAACAAACUGAGACUCGGUGCCUGGGAUGAACCUCAGCGUGGGCGGACGUAUUAAGUGAACCUCCACUUACCGCCACUUCGCCUGCUUCGAAUUCACCCUAUUUCCUUCCCUAGAACCACUUUAGGACGUAAAAAAAAGCCAAAAGACUCCGAGCAGGACGUCGGCGAGAGCGGACAGGAUGUGGGACGGUUUGAGAGUUCAGGUGUUCUUCUUGUGUUUAAUAGCGAUGUUAUGGAUUACAGCAGCGUCUCGAGGCCCUCAGGAACACGGACAUCGCCGCCGCCUGGCCUCCUACAGACACAGAGAGAGACGGAAGGACGGACACGUGCUCCAUCGCUCUAAACGAGGAUGGGUUUGGAAUCAGUUCUUCGUCAUCGAGGAGUACACGGGACCGGAUCCUGUCCUCGUAGGUCGGCUUCACUCCGACGUGGACACGGGGGAUGGCAACAUCAAAUACAUCCUCUCAGGUGAAGGCGCAGGAACUAUCUUCGUCAUCGAUGAUAAAACAGGCAACAUCCAUGCAACAAAGACGCUGGACCGUGAAGAACAAGCCGAGUACACGCUCACCGCGCAGGCCGUGGCCCGAGACACCAACAAACCUCUGGAGCCUCCGUCCGAAUUCAUCGUCAAGGUCCAGGACAUCAACGACAACCCGCCAGAGUUCCUGCAUGGACCCUACUACGCUCGCGUGGCUGAGAUGUCCAACGUCGGUACCUCAGUGAUUCAGGUCACGGCUACAGACGCAGACGAUCCGACGUACGGGAACAGCGCCCGGCUCGUCUACAGCAUCCUGCAGGGACAACCCUACUUCUCUGUGGAACCUCACACAGGGAUUAUCCGCACUGCUCUGCCCAACAUGGACCGCGAGGCUAAGCAGGAGUACGAUGUGGUGAUUCAGGCAAAGGACAUGGGGGGACACAUGGGCGGACUCUCAGGGACGACGCAGGUGAAGAUCACGCUAACGGACGUCAACGACAAUCCGCCCAAAUUCGCACAAGGUGUGUAUUCGAUGUCAGUGACGGAGGAUAAAGUGCCCGGAGAGGAAGUGGGCCGUCUGAAGGCCAGAGAUCCGGAUAUGGGAGAGAAUGGUCUGGUGGAGUACACGCUGCUGGACGGAGACGGGAUGAACACGUUCGAGAUCAGCAAAGACUCCGAGACUCAGGAGGCCGUGAUCAAACUGAAGAAGCACGUGGACUUCGAGACCAAGCGGUCAUACACGCUGAAGGUGGAGGCAACUAACCCGCUCGUGGACCCUCGCUUCAUCAGCUGGGGGCCGUAUAAAGACACGACUGUGGUGAAAAUCUCGGUGGAGGACGCGGACGAGCCGCCAACCUUCAUGGCUCCCAGUUACAGCUUCGAGGUGGAGGAGAACGCGCCGGGGGGAACCGUGGUGGGGCGCGUACACGCCAAGGACACGGAUAUCGCUAACAAUGCUGUCAGAUAUUUAAUCCCUCGCUACACAGAUCUGGAGGAGUUUUUCUCCAUUAACCCUGACGACGGCAUCAUCAAAACCACGAGGCCCCUGGACCGGGAGACUCAGGCUUGGCACAACAUCUCCGUCAGCGCUACAGAGACGGGUGGUCAUCACCAGGAUGCUAAGGUCCGAGUGAACAUUAAAGUGAAGGAUGUGAAUGAUAACGCUCCGGAGUUCGCCACUCAGGACGAAGUGCUCAUGUGUGAAAACGUGGCUCCUGGAACGGCCAUAAAGACGGUCAGCGCGGUGGAUAAAGACGAGAUGGCGCACCGGCAGCAUUUCCACUUCAGUCUCUCUCCUAAAGUGGCCAAUAACCACAACUUCUCUCUGAAGGACAACAGAGACAGUACAGCUACAGUGGUGGUGAUCCGGAAGAGUUUCAGCAGGAUGACGCAGGACGUUUACGCUCUGCCCAUCGAGAUCAGCGAUAACGGCGUCCCUCCCCUCAGCAGCACCAACACGCUCCUGAUCCGAGUCUGCAGCUGCGACGCCAAACACACCAUCCUGUCCUGUAAUGUGGAGCCGCAGUUCCUGCCGGCGGGCCUCAGCCCCGGAGCGCUCAUCGCCAUCCUGGCCUGCAUUGUCAUCCUGCUCGCGAUCGUGGUUCUCUUCGUGGCUCUGCGCCGGCAGAAGAAGGAGCCUCUGAUCGUAUUCGAGGAGGAGGACAUCCGCGAGAACAUCAUCACGUACGACGACGAGGGCGGCGGUGAGGAGGACACGGAGGCGUUCGACAUUGCCACGCUGCAGAACCCCGACGGCAUCAACGGCUUCCUGCCUCGCAAAGACAUCAAACCCGAGCUGAGCUACAGCGUCCGCGCCGGACUCAGACCCGGCGGCAACGGCGUCGACGUGGACGAGUUCAUUAAGACGCGAGUGUGCGAUGCCGACAACGACCCAACGGCGCCUCCGUACGACUCCAUCCAGGUGUACGGCUACGAGGGGCGGGGCUCCAUCGCCGGCUCUCUGAGCUCGCUGGAAUCGGUGACCACAGAUUCGGACCUGGACUACGACUACCUCCAGAACUGGGGGCCGCGUUUCAAAAAACUGGCCGAUCUGUACGGCACCAAAGACUCGGCGGCCGAAGACAACUCUUAACGACAGAUCACGCUCGUCUUCGCAAAAAAAAAUAAACAACAAACAACCCAACCCCGCCCACUCGAAACCCCUCCCCCUCCCCUCCCUUUUCCAUCACUUCCACUAACGACGUGUGCUGUGUGACGUUUACUAUAAGCAAUUCCACAACUUUCAUCUAUUUAGGUCGUUUUUUGUUCCUGUAUACGUCGAGUAUACUACUAGGAAUCUUUUACGUAGGCGUGAUCGGAACAGAUGGAGCAGAUUUAAAAAAAAAUGCGAAAAAAAAAUAAUAAAAGCAAUUCAAAUACAUAUAUAUUAAAAAAAAACAACAACAACAAAAAACAAAAACAAAAAAUAAACACCUCUGACACGGGACGUAGGGAAAAGCUAAAGCAGCGUGCGAGGGAUGCGACGGAUUCGACGCUGAUGGCUGAUACUGUGAACGAGCUCACGCCCGAGAGAGAAAAUAAACAGUUGCCUUAUUCACACAACACACAGAAAAACGUCAGCGAUCUGAGACGUGUCCCUCAUCCACAGCGCCUCCAUCAGGACAUCGGAGGAACGGCCCAAAACUCCAUUUAUUUUUUAUGAUUAUUAAUAUUAUUAUUAUUAUUUUAUUUUUUACAUUUUUGCAUUAUUUUUACUUCCAUCUGUAUUAUUAUCUCUUACACAGAAAUGAGGAAUAAAAACAUACGAAUAAUAAAAAACAAAAAAAUCUCCCUGAUGAAGGACAGUCACGCAGAAAGACACGUGAGCUCGGAAAAAAAACGCCUUAAAUCACGGACACUCUGCAGCCCAGUGCAUUUCUUUUAUAAAAUCCAAAACUAUAUCCUAAAACCAACUAAAACCCAUAUAACCUGUGUACAGUACCAGUGUGC